GAGAAAUCCACAUCGUUAUAUCAUGUACAGCCUGAAGUUACUGAGAAGGGAAUUUCAGAUAAUGCUUCAGCGUCUUCACAAGAAGAAAAACAGCGUACACGAAAGGAAACCACAAAUUCUAAUUUUGCCCAGGAACGUAUAAAAAACUCGGGGCCAGUGAGUGGAUCACAGUCUACAAGUGCUUCUGAGCAAGAAUCUAAACUAGAACUAAAACUUUCCAAGAACCAGAAGAGGAAGAUGAAGAAAAAGCGACACAAGGAACGUUUAAUCAAGUAAGUAAACGCGGCGAAUUCUACUGUUAGUUUAUAGGGACCUUAGGAAACUAAGACAGCAAAAGGAACAAGAACUAAAAAACAAUAGGUGUAGUGAACAGAACAACAACUCUGCACGGGCGUCACACUCGCGAGGCGAAGUCAGGCCUCGUCCACACGAAUCCGGCAUUUUUUGAAACCGCAUAGUUGUUUUAAUACCCAAAUUCGUGUGGACGGGCCUACUCUGGAGAUUUACUAGUUUCGAGUGGAAGGCCGAAUCGUGUAAAAAAAUAUAUAUGCGGUAUCGGGAUUCGUGUGCACAGGGCCUCAAUUUGACUCGUCCCUAUUCUUCUCGGGGCUUUGCAGGCUUAACAAAAACAACAAGCAACACCGUGGAAUGAAGUAUAGUUGUGGCGAUAAAUCCCGCAGCAAUGCAGGCUUUUUGGGUUCCCUCCUUCUAAGAAAUAUGGAUCAUGGCUUACUGCGCGCGUGUUGUGGAUUUACCUGCCAAAUGAGGAAGGCUUAUAUUCCAUGUUUAGGCCUGUGUAGCGAGCGUUUCCGUGUGGUUUCGGAGCAAAGAAACAACUCUAUCUUGCGUAGCAAGCGUUCUGUGCGGUUUCGGAGCAAAGAACGAGAAAAGAGAGUCAAUGACCGUGCGAAAAAUGGGGCGAGUUAAAGAGCGGGUUGGUGGGGAAGGAAGGAAAGAAACUUCCAUUCCCCUCCCCACUCUUUCAUUUUUUGGCUCUCGUUUCAUUUUUCGUGCGGAUAAAACCGAAAAUCCCGUUCCUCGUCCUCCCUCAGUCAUAAGAACCACGACGAAGUUCACGACGACGACGUCUGUUGACCGGGAAAAGACUGGAACGAGAACUUCAGUUUCCGCGGGGAAAAGGAAACUUAAGAUGUAGUACAUGUAGGUUGGUAGGUCGACGACGACGACAUUGAAUAUAAACACAAAUGAAAACCUGUGAUGUUCGUUCGCAACAAAGUUUUUCGCAGUGGCGUCUUUUAAAACAAUGCAAGAUCUUUUUUUUUAAGCCGUACGUUUAAUUUCAUUGACGAUGAAGAAUUUUUGAUGUUGUCUGACCUUUUCGAGUGGAAAAACACCUUCUUUCCGCACGAAAUUAUUCAACUUUCAACCUGAAUGAGAUGACCGAGUCCGAGUGUCUGUCAGAGUUUAGAUUUGGAAAAAGAGACAUUCUGGUGUGAUAGCUGUUUUCCAUGUGAAGUUUAUUUCCUCUAUAUUAAAGAUACUGAUUUGCCUUACCUAAAUUAAAAUACGUACAAAUAAAUUUAUCACUUACGAGUUCGGUCGCUCGGCCUUCACAGCUGUUGUCAUUCUUCGAAGUAAAAACAAUUCAUUAGUCAAAUUUUCAAUCAACAUCGCUUGUUAGGAGAAAAAAGGAACGAUACCUGGAUCUACGAGGAUAAAAAAAUGCAAAGGACUUCAAAAAUCGCUUAAAACAGGGGAUUUAUACCUGCCGAAGCUUGUGGAUUGCAGGACGACGUGAUUCUACUUUGUUUGGCGUCGUCGACGAUACGACGACGACGAAACUUACUGGUCGGGCUUGCGCAGUACACUGUAAUUCACUUCCGGUCGUCGUCCUGGUUCUUAAGUUCCCUAUUCUUUGCUCCGAAACCACGCGGAAACGCUUACUACGCAGGCUAAUGUAUCACACAUUUUGUUUUAAAAGUUAGACCAUAAACUUGAUCAAACAUGCUUUGUUAAAAUUGACUAUUAUGGACACGUAAAAUUUUGUUUUAGUGAGAAGCGGGCGAACCCAGUUCCACAAGAAUUUACUUACGAAACUGGUUAAGUGGUUAUGUCGAGGCUCAAGUUCGUUUUAGGAGAAAGAAGAAAGACGUUCAGCGGUCCUCAGGAACAUUAUUAAAGUUGGCACUAAAAGCUAUACCGUAAAUUGUUAUCAUAGCCUUAGGCUUCCACUGCAAAUGCUCUAAGCCUGGCUUAUCUAUUAUGCUCUGAGUAAAAGUAGCAAUUUUUUUUUUCAAAAUUAUGCUCAACAUUAUGCUCAUUUAUGCAAAAUAAUGCAGAUAUUAUGCUUCUACUUUUUACUUUAAAUUUGGUAAAAACACCUCAAUAGCUAUCCAACAAACAAGUGCAAACUCAUUUAACCUAUUUACAUCCAGAAAUUUUACGAGUGCAGAGUUCAUUACAGCCUAAAUUUCAGACGUUUACUUCGAGUUUGGUUUCGGGUUUUUACUCCCUCAGUAACGACGUUACUGACUGAGGGAGAAAAAACGACUCGAUUCGAAAUUCAGGGUAAGUUCAUUAUAAAUUCCCUCUGUAUCACUGUCCUGCAAAGUAUAGGCAGCGAUAAGUGAAUGUAAAAAGGUCAACUAUUGAAAGAACAAAACUUUCUGACAAGUUUAAAAUUAAACGCGCGAUCGCAAUCUUGGGUAACCGAGCAGUUAGGCACAUGCGUUAAGUUCUGUAGAAAGAAUCGUAGGUCACUUUCUGUCGGACCCAGGUCCCAUGAAUGUGAAAAUAAGCAGCCAAAAAAAAUAUUUUGUUCGUUAACUUUGCCUGUAACUCUGAUCUCGUGACAAAAGAAUUGGUCGCAUGGUCAAUAAAUGACAAUUUUCUUCUGCAAAACUACGUAGCAGAAAGUGCAAAUUAUGCUAGCAAUGCUUUUUUUCGGAAAAAAGGAGAAAUUAUGCUCGUAGUGACGAAUUAUGCCAAAAAUUAUGCUAGCACAAUCGAUAAGGGCCUAAAAUGGACUGAAAGCAUCAAAAAUUCAUCAACGGCAGAAACUCUUAUUUGAGAAUAUAUAGGCGGUAGACUGAUAUGAGUAAUGACAAAGCUUUGACUAAAGUCAACAAACUGAUCGGGGGAAAAAACCUGAGCAUACAAUUUUACAAAUUUUCCUCUCUUUGUUGCCAAAGAAAGAAAAAGAAAACUUCCUAAGGUAAAAACGUGGAAAAUACUAAAAUACACACGACUACCAAGCUGAUAAAAAAAACCGACUCGUGUUUCUGCCUGUGCGAGUUAUACGCACGUUCCACGCGCGAUGCGAAUUUUGACGAAAUUGGGCCUUCGCUUUACGGCCCUCGCUUCGCGAGGAAUUUUGAAUACAUGCUUCCCAGUCGCUCCAGGCAUAAAGAUCGAUAAAUUUGACAAGUCCACAUAGCUAGGCUUUGAUAGAUUGUACUAGGUCAAUGUUUUUAGAAUACGAGCAUAAUUGUUAUCUAUUUUUCUUUUGCCAGGGAUUUUGCAAAAAAAAAGCACUACUAGCAUGAUUUGCGCUCUUGGCUGUUUUGUUUCUCAAAAUUGUCAUUUACUGAUCAUGAAACCAAUGUUUUGGUUCCAGGUCAGUGUUACAGACAAAUUAAAGUCAACAAAAUCAAUUUUUUUCUCUUCCUAUUGUCACAUUCAUGGGACCUGGGUUUCACAGGAAGUGACACUGGACUCUUUCCACAUGACUCAACCCAUGGGCAUAAUUUCCUCGGUUACCCAAGAUGGCUUUAUUCGUUUAUUGUUUAAGUUUUUAAGUGUCAGACAAAUAGGGCAAAUGUGCAUCCCAUCUACUCGCUUGUUCGUAGUUAUUGAAGAGUUUUUACCAAAUUUAAAGUAAAAAGUAGAAGCAUAAUUUCAGCUUUUUUGCUAAAUUGAACAUAAAUUACAGAAACUAGCAUAAAUAUUGACAUAAUUUUAGAAAUGUACGAGUACUGCUCAGGCGGUGUGCGCACUACGACUGCGAUGCAUUGUGGAUUCAAAAUUUUCAAGAUGGCGGCGAAGGUCGAGAAAUUUCACAGGUUAUAUGCUUUAUUUUUCAAUAGAUACAGUUCUUUCCUUAGAUAGAUUUUCUCGAUUUCACAAGCUAAUAUUUGUUUAGAUUUUUUCUGUGAAGAAAAACAAAUCAAUAUUCUUCAUUUCAAUCUAAAACGUGGAGCCCGAAGAUUCCUCCUGUAAGAGCAUGAAAGAGGCUAUAAUUUCCAUUAUAUUGCCCGUCGAAAGUAGAAGAUAGUUGUAAGUGUUUCUACAAACCUUGUUCUACGCUAAUUUUUUAUCGCUCCCCAACGCGCCCCACGUUUUGUGAUACUUUUUCCGAAUUGAAACCGGCAUGUUUUCAUGGGAAAAUGUAGCCUCGCGAAGACCAAUGUGACAUGUUACUGGAAGUGUUACUGUUGUAAUCACAAGCUGAUCACAAAAUAGCGGGGCAGCGGCGACUGGUUCCUCCAAACAAUAGCAUUAGGUGGGCAUAAAAUGUUCGAAACUGGUAUAUAAAUAGGCUGAUGAGUACUCUGAUGUAGGAAUGUCUGUUUUUGUAAUAGGACUAAAAAAGCAUAAUAAAAUUGCAGUCAUACAUGUGACUCUCUUUAUGCAGGUAUAAAAUCAGUAGGAUUAGAAUUACAGGUAUUAAAUUAAAUGAUAAGUUUGAUUAUACAGUUAAGCCCUGUGCAUUUUGAAACCAGCAAUCUACUUCCAAGAUUGGUGUGUGUUGUUGUGUGGAUGUUAUGACUUUGUCAGUUUCUUGCCUAGUCCCUGUUUUAUUCAGUGGUGAUUAGCCUCCAUAGCAGGCAUUUAAAAGGAAAGGGAGAGGGGUUUUGGGCACAAGAGAAAUGCGAAGAGUGCACAAGGAAGGAGGGAGUGAUUUCAACAUUCACCUGGUUGAUGUUUAUAAUGCAAAAAACAAUUAGUCUCCAGUAUGGCAGGCAUUUCCCUCCCUCCUUCCCUCACAUUUCUCUUGCACUAAGACCCACUUUCCCUUUUCUUUGAAAUGCCUGCCACACAGGCUAAGUGAUGUCAUUCAAUCUGUUUACCCGUUUACACUGUUUAAUAUAUAUCAAACAAUUUGCAUAUUUUUGUGGCUUUAGUUAAAAUAUAAAUUGCUUGAUCAUUGAAUGUGCUUUUGAUAUUGGAAAACCAAGGCUGAAUGGUGACAGGGAAAGGAAAUAGAAAAAGUGGAACGAAGGGGCAGUGAAAUCAUGAGACUAAGAACCUGAAUUAACUAAGUAAGCCUAAACAGAUUCUUAUAUAAAUAGAAGUUAGCACAAGUUUAGGGUAUGGUUUUUAAAUGGGUUCAUAUUUUCUGAAGUAAAAAUGUAGCUAAGAGUAUUUGUGUUUCACCUUAUUCCUCAUAUAAAGUCUGCAUACCAAAUUAGAAGUUAUGUGAGAAUGGACAUAAAAAGAGGAAUGUACUUAAAUUUAAACAUUGGCAUUUACAUUGCAGUUGGAGUGAUAAGACAGCUUUGUCUCCAAAGAAGAUUCUAAAUGUUGAUUUAUCUCUGCUCAAGUGUACAGAAUUUUUUCAUAGAUUUCAAAAAUAAGAACCUGUUUCAAAUUUUAAGCUAAACAGGUUUUUUAUAUAGGGGGGCUCAUCUGGCAUAAUUUUAUUUUAGCUGAACAGGUUCUUGAAAUUCAGGUUCUAAGUCAGGGGGUUUUACUGUACCACUAGGAUCCACCUCUGCAAUAACUGGUAACCCAAAAGCCCUCUUUACGGACAACCGCUUCAUACAGACACCUGAUCAAGGCUGUGCUCUAGCAGAGCCCUGUGGCCCCUGGUACCUAACUUUUGCUUUUGGGUGACUAGAAAAUCUCAGACUUUUCAUACAAAUCAUAUGCUGGGCAGCCUAGAUUUUACAGGUUCAGAGAACUAGGCUCCUUUCAAUGUUCCUUAGAGCACAGCCUUGCUCAUCAUUACAGAUAGCUUGCUUUGUUCCCUGGAAAAAAGCCCUUAACUUUUCUCUAAAUUAAGAUGGUUAAUUUCUAUGGUCCCCUCAGUGUCUGUAUAACAGAAUUGACUGUGAGUAUGAUGAGACCUAUGACACCAUAUUUAAAUUAUAAAAAUUGGGGUGAGGAGAAAGGAAAGGGGUCUCAAGCUAUGUUGCCCCAGCCCUGAUAACAGGGGAUUUGUAAACAUGUAUGAAUUUCACAUUUUGAAGAGUUUUUAUAAUCCAAAAAAAAUAUGUGAUAACAUGUGUUUGUACAUACUGACACAAUCAUUAAACAAAUAUUGGCUGCAGCUUUUAAAAUCUAUUGACUGCAUCAGGCUUUGUAAUCACAAAUAUGCCAUUUUCAGUUUCAAUCCAGUUAUAAAACAUUCUAUGACUCAUACCAAUAGAGAAAUAUGGCAAAAAAAGAUGCUCAAUAUUAUAUUAUCUAUAAAGAGGACACAAGUUCACUGUACACAAAUACUCUCUACUUUAUUUACUUGUCUUCAUGUGAUGAUAAAUACAGAUGUUAAGCAAAACGAAAUGCAAACUUGGUGCCAACAGAGAAACAAGUCCUCGAAACGAUGACCCCCUCAACUUCGAUUCUCUUAUUACAGCUAGCAAGUGAACAUCUUGCAAUGCUGAAUGACAAAACAAAAUAAGCUCACUGUGUUUAAAUACCGUUGCCGGGUAUUCUGAAGAAGCUCCUAGUAUCUUAUGAGUAUAUCACAGCUAUGCACAUCAGUACCUCUCUGACCUCUUAGCACUAGUUGCACUGAUUUCACGGUGAAUUCAAAAAAAAUUUUCGGCGAACCGCGGGUCUUACCUCCACUGCUUUUCAUGAUUGAAGCAUUGAACAAAGCGUUUCUGUGCCGACUUUUCUCGGUCAGUUGCAAACAGGAUGCAAUUGAUUACGAACAAAAUACACCAGAAUACACUUAUCAACGGAAUGAGACUGUUUUUUCCCUGAGAAUUGGACAGACUUUCUUUUUCAAGGGCUUCCGGAGGACAUUCAAAGCAAAAUCGUAUAUAUCUACAGCGUAAUUAACGAAUAUUCACUCCGCAGUCGAGAUGUUCACUCCACGCCAUCUUGGUAAAGUACCCCCUUUUUGAACGCUUUUAUAGCUCCAUCUUGACACAAAUGAUCAGAUUUUGAAUACCGCCCAUGAUGCUUAGCGAUCGUAGUGCGCACACCGCCUGAGUACUGCUAGUGACAUAUUAUGAUACUUUUGCGAGCACAAUUUAUCAAAGCCUAUACAUAGCAUCAGCCUAGCCUAGCCUCCGUGAGUAGACGCCUUUUGCGGCUUCUGUUUCAUGCGCCGAGAAGUGGAGAGAAGCGUCAACCGGAAAAAUGGCUGUUUUCGCGGGCAAAAGCGACCCUCCUUUACUUUGUCAUGACAAGGGCCUUUUUAGCCUGCAGAGACGGAAGUGCUCGUUUUAUUUUUAUCAGUUUUAUUUAUUUUUAUUAAUAUUUCAGUUUCUUACGAAUGAAAUUUUUGCUCAGUUACAACUCCUCAUAAUUUUCCUUUCAAUUUCCAGUCGCAGGUACCGAUCAUUUUGCUAUACUAAAAAUAAAAUC